AUGACCAAAAGUUCAUUCCGUCAUUUGCCCCGGCCGAAAAGCGGGAAACAUAAUUUGGCACGCCUGGUGGGACCACUAGGUUUUGUAUGGUCAUAUACACUAGGAAGAAUCCUAGAAGAGAUCAAGAAUUUGAAGAAUCUAGACUUCGAUCGGAAUCAGAGACAAGCAUGGUUGGUUAACUCCCUACGAAUACUCAGCCACAGAAUGUUCCGACCUCUCAACAAAAGCAAAAUGGCCCCGGCCGAGCUACUGCCGUCGUCCACGACCAAGUGUUAG